AUGGAUUAAUCAUUGCCUGUUUCAGCUAGGACUGAGUCAGAAAUUGAAAACAAAAAACAUUACAUUUUGUCAAUACUACAUUAGGACGUUGUUAACAUAGAACAACUGAAGAAAGUUGCAAUCACAUAUCAUGGUUUUGUAAAUCAAGAAUUGAGACAGUAUAUUUGGCCAUUGCUAAUGAACGUUGUUGAGAAAAAUAAUCUGCCAAGUUUGAAUUCAAAUAGUCCGAAGUUCUAAAUCAAGAAUAAGUAUUAAGCCGAUUGGAAAUACAGCAAUGACAUCAAUACUUAGAUUACUUUCCACACUGCUAGGUUGGCAUCCCAAAAAUUUGUGGGCAACUAUAUGAAGUCUACCUUUGCUCUAGAAUUCGAAGAUAAAUGGCGGAUGAUGAUAGACAUCAUUUGUCAGGAAGACUACGAGUUAUAUCAAAUGCUAUAAGAAGUGCAUGGGAAUCUGAACUUCACUCUGUCGUGGCUUUUGACAUGGUUUUCACAUGACAUUGACAAUUUAGAGGUAGUUCAAAGAAUAUUUGAUGUGUGCUUGACUCACUAGCACUUCGAGAUAUAUAUGGCUAUAGUUAUAAUAAUGAGUCAGAAGUAAAAGUUGGUUAGCGAAAAUACUCAUAAUGACAUCGUCGUUACUCUGUAUAUAGUUUUUCAAUCACUAAAUUCGUUUUACAAGGAAUUAGAUUUUGACUACCUGAUACUACAAGCAAGUGACAUGUAUCAACGACAUCCAUUUGAAAAUUACAACCUAUCUAUCAAUAAAACUGAUCAGAAUACUUUAGAUGAAAUAUCUCAAAGUCAAAUUGAAAGCUAGUAGUCUAGUAAAUUUGUAUCCCCAGAUUACUGUGAAAUGCAAAAAAUUAAGAAAAAUAGAGGAGGUAGUCUGCAUCGAAGAACCAAGACCCUUGUCAGUGGUAGAAUCAAUGAUAAUGCCUUGACUGAUGAUUAGUUAGAUCUGCUUUAAAUGGAUAGCUAUAGCCUAGUAUUAAAUACAAUGAAAGGCUCUAAAAGCACCUAGAUGAAUAGCAUAAGUGAAGAGGAGAGUGAAAAUCAGUAAUCAUUAGAAAAUAAAAACUAAAAUGGUUUAGUAAUAGAACCCAAUGAUGAGAAAAGAAAUUUAAGACAUAUUGCCCCUGAGCUGAUACAGUCUGUUGAUGUCUUAAAUAAUGGUAUAUAGAAGCAUCAUCGAGCCCCAGAAAAAUAGAAUAUCAUGUAUAAUAGCGUGCACAUUAUGAAUAAUAUCCCAAUUGAUAUUAGACCUGAUAUCAAUGAACAGAAGAAGGCUUAGAUCUUAUUGAGGAGAAUUAAUACAAUAGAGAAUGAAACAUAGGAGCUCAAAAGAUAGAUAUCUAUUAUGAGUAAUAGUGGACAUGCUAUAGGAGGUUAAGCCUCUUCUUCAAUGAUUCGUAGAUCAUCAGUUAAUUUGGAAUAAGAAAAAUAGAAAUUAAUAGGAGAAAUUUAAAGCGGAAAGUAAAUUAGCAUGUUUUGGGCGAUCAUACUUUUAGUCCAUAUUUUACUACUGUUAAUUGGAUUACAAUUUUACAAAACUAGUUAUUCUUAGGCAGAGGGAAACUACAACAAUAAUGUACUUGAAAAUAUAAAUAGAGAUUUUUGA